UUUGGAUUACACUCAUGUCUUUCUUCUUCGUAGAUUUAAGAUCCAUGAACAAGUCAGCAACACACGUUGUAACAGAGUUUAUUCUCCUGGGAUUCCCUGGUUCCUGGAAGAUACAGAUUUUCCUCUUCUCAUUGUUUUUGGUGAUUUAUGUCUUGACCUUGCUGGGAAAUGGAGCCAUCAUCUAUGCAGUGAAAUGCAACCCACAACUACACAACCCCAUGUACUUUCUGUUGGGAAACUUUGCCUUCCUUGAGAUCUCGUAUGUUUCCUCCACUGUUCCUAACAUGCUAGCCAACAUUCUUUCCAAGACCAAGGCCAUCUCAUUUUCUGGGUGCUUCUUUCAGUUCUAUUUCUUCUUUUCACUGGGAACAACUGAAUGUCUCUUUCUGGCAGUAAUGGCUUAUGAUCGAUACCUAGCCAUCUGCCACCCACUGCAGUAUCCCGCCAUCAUGACUGGAAGGUUCUGUAGUAAGCUGGUGUCUUUCUGUUGGCUCAUUGGAUUCCUUGAAUACCCAAUUCCCAUUUUCUUCAUCUCCCAACUCCCCUUCUGUGGUCCUAAUAUCAUUGAUCACUUCCUGUGUGACAUGGACCCCUUGAUGGCUCUAGCCUGUGCCCCAGCUCCCAUAACUGAAUGUAUUUUCUAUACUCAGAGCUCGCUUGUCCUCUUUUUCACUAGUAUGUACAUUCUUCGAUCCUACACCCUGUUGAUAACAGCUGUUUUUCAGGUCCCUUGUGCAGCUGGUCGGAGAAAAGCCUUCUCUACCUGUGGUUCUCAUUUGCUUGUGGUAUCUCUUUUCUAUGGUACAGUCAUGGUAAUGUACGUAAGUCCUACAUAUGAUGCCCCAACUUUAUUGCAGAAGAUCCUCACACUGGUAUAUUCCGUAGUGACUCCUCUUUUUAAUCCUCUGAUCUAUAGUCUUCGUAAUAAGGACAUGAAACUUGCUCUGAGAAAUAUCCUGUUUGGAAUGAGAAUAAGUCAAAAUUCAUGAGCCAAAGAUGUGCCAUACUUACAAGUUCUAAUGAAGAACCAAGAGAUGUUAUCAGUUCCUUCAGCAGCCUUUUAGUCCUCAGUCUGAGCAGUUACAGGUUGUAUAUUUCACCUGGAAGUGUGCCCCACUUAUAUACAUUUUCAACACUUACUACUUAAACCUUAAUUAACUGGUCUUCAACAUCGACUAAAAAGUUUUCAAAGCCUGUCUUUAUUAGAAUGAUAAAAUGGAAUUGCUAUUUGAGAUGCCCUCCUGCUGACAUGCCCCAUGGUUCAUCAUUGCAUGUCUUCUUUCUCAUUGCAACAAGACAAUAAACCCAACUUUGUUCAACUACAGAUAUGUUCCUAGGAGUCUUUGACUGAAGGAAAUCAAUAGUAGCACCAUACCCAGCAAACAAUAAGGCCUCAAACAUGUUUUAAAAAUAUUUCUAUCUCAAUGUUUUUACUAACAAAAAUAAUAUAGAUUGUGUAACAAAUUCAAGCAAUAUGGAAGAAUUUCCAUCUUUACUCCCAUAUUUACCAAUUUUCGUCUUUGCUCCCCAGACUCAAUACAUGUAAAUCCCUCUG